AAAAAUCUGAAAGAAUAAUUGGAGAAAUAAUUGGAGGAAGUAAUCCUAGGAGUGUUGAGGAACCGGACGAAUUAUUGAAAAAGCUUGAUUUUUUGACAAAGAAUUAUGUGUAUCAAUUGGAAGAAGUAAUUGACGAAAUUCUGAAAAAGCUUUUCUGA